UGCGUGCCGGGCUUCGGGUGCGCCGACAGCGAGGGGUUCGCCGGCUUCACGUUCUCUCACAUGGGGACUUGGAAGUCUGGCACCAGAGUCAAUUACAAGAGCGUCAAGUCUUGCGUGAAGGCGUGCGCCAAGGAUUGGAUCGGUCCUGCGUCGCCUUCACCAGGCGCCGCACCAGGGAGGGGAAGCCCGAGUGCCUGCACUUCAAGGUUGCGGCCAACGGGCACGGUCCCAGGCGCGACGCGCACGCCACCACCUACUCCAAGUGCCUCCCCGAGGCAGGCGUUGGCGCCGGCGCGCCCGCGGCGCCGGCCGCGCCGCUCCGCAUGGCCGCGGUGCCCACGUCGGAAAGCAGUCCGUGCACCACGGGCUACACGACCCUGUCCAGGGGGUGGUGGUGGGACGAGUACGACAAGUUCUCCGAGGCUGCCGACCUGAAGGACUGCGCCGGGCAGUGUGACGCGCUCCAGGGCUGCGUCUCCUUCGUGUACCGCUCGAUCCGGCAGGACGCACAGGCGGAGUGCUACCUGUACAAGGGACCCAGCGCAACGUUCGACGCGUCGGUCGUGGCCCUCACGAAGUGCGGCCCGGGGGCGCCCUGCAACCGGACGGCCCUGCUGAACAUCGCGAACCUCGGCUUCGAGCUCAGCCACCGCGGCUCGUGGGAGGGAGGAGGAACCCGAUACGACGGCGUCACCCUGAGCGGCUGUUCCUUGAUCUGCCACGGCAACGAGGC